CUGUUAAGAUCACCACGAAAAGACCCACCAGCAUGGCCCCUAAAACUACCAGAGCGGGUCUCCAGUUCACAGGAGGAAAGAGCUCAGAGCCUCCGUCCCUGAGUUUUGGAGCUAUAGUGGGGGUGGCAGUGGCUGCCACCAUUGCACUCAUAGCCAUAAUUGUGGGACUGAUGGUCUUCCUUAAGUGGCAGAGAAAAAAAGGUCAGCAGGUUGAAGCCCAAAGCCCCGCCGGGGAACUUGUCGAAAGCACUGAGAACUAUGAGAACACUAAGUACGAAGAAAAACAUAAAGACGCCCAGCUGAACCCCCAGAAUGACAUCGUCUAUGCCUCUGUCACCCUCUCCAACUUGACCUCACCCCGAGCACCUCUCUGCCAACCUUCCCACGAGACGCCCCAAGAAGAGAUACUGUACACUCUCCUAAAGACCUAGAGUGGGACUGGAGGACAAUCUGUGAGUCCGGUAGGAAUGAUCACAGCUUCCAACAGUAGCUAAGAUGGCUCAGAAGUCAGCGAGUUUGACUCAGAAGUCAGCCAGAAAGGAAUUGAAAAAGCCGUCUAUAUUAGUUCCCUCUUCAACUUCCAAGCCCUUGCUCAGAAACACAAUGACCCACAAAAUGUGUCGAUUGCAUUUAAAGACGAAACUGAUGUCAACUUCAACUUCUGCUUCUCCACUAAAAAUAAAUUCUAAUAGAUAAUUCUUA